CAAGGGAGUUAUUUAAUGUAACACGCAGCUAGCGUGCAACACUAAAUUUAUCCGGCUAUAAACAGUUCCUGCAGCUGCUACAGCUCCCCAUACAUGCGCUCCUACCGGAGAGGCAACUGCCAGAGUCUGUGUCCACGUGGAUCCAUCUAUUUUGGAGACGUUCCUUGAACCGUGAAGGUCCGGAGCAGCAGAUGAAAGGCAGAUGAUCGUUGACAUAGGGAGCAGGGCUCUAGAGUCAGCACGCUGGCCUUGUUUCUCACUAUGGUGAACCAGGUGCAGCAAGUGGAUGGCAGCUGGCAGUCGUGUCGAGGCGACUCCAGCGGCACCAGCAACAGCAGCACUGAGAGCUCCAAGGAGAGCUCCCGCUGCUCCACCCCGCUGCUGGACGCAGACCGCUCUGAUCGGCUGCGGGAAAAGAUGAGGAAGAGGAUGGAGUCCGGAGAUCAGUGGUUCUCCCUGGAGUUCUUCCCUCCACGCACGGCCAGCGGUGCUGUCAACUUGAUCUCCAGGUUUGACCGUAUGGGUUCUGGAGGACCGCUCUUCAUUGAUAUCACCUGGCACCCAGCAGGAGACCCUGGCUCAGACAAGGAGACCUCCUCUAUGAUGAUUGCCAGCACAGCAGUGAACUACUGUGGCCUGGAGAGCGUCCUCCACCUGACCUGCUGCAACCAGACCAAGGAGAAGAUCACCAGCUACCUGGCUAAGGCGAAGCACCUGGGCCUGAAGAACAUCAUGGCGCUGAGGGGAGAUCCAGUGGGAGACGACUGGGAGGACGAGGAGGGAGGCUUCAACUUUGCCGUUGACCUCGUAAAGCACAUUCGAUCAGAGUUUGACGACUACUUUGACAUUUGUGUUGCUGGCUACCCAACGGGCCACCCUGAGGCAGGAAGCUACGAGCAGGAUCUGCAGCACCUGAAGGAGAAAGUGGAUGCUGGUGCAGACUUCGUCAUCACGCAGCUGUUCUUCCGCGCUGACACCUUCCUGAAGUUCCUGGAUGACUGCAGGGCAGUCGGGAUCACAUGUCCCAUCCUUCCUGGAAUCUUUCCCAUCCAGGGAUACCAGUCGUUACGUCAGCUCGUCAAGCUGUCUAAGCUCGAAGUACCAGAGGAGAUCACUAAAAUCAUUGAGCCCAUCAAAGACAAUGAUGCUGCUAUCCGAAACUAUGGAAUCCACCAGGCAGUGGACAUGUGUCGUGUCCUGCUGGACAGCGGAAAGGUGCCAGGCCUCCACUUUUACACUCUGAACCGAGAAGUUGCCACCAUGGAGGUCCUCCGACAGCUGGGCCUGUGGGUAGAAGACCCCAGACGCCCUCUUCCCUGGGCCGUUAGUGCAAAUCCCAAACGGAAGGUGGAGGAUGUCCGACCAAUUUUCUGGGCCUCCAGACCAAAGAGCUACAUCUACAGGACCCAGGACUGGGAUGAGUUCCCCAACGGCAGAUGGGGAAACUCUUCAUCUCCAGCUUUUGGAGAAUUAAAUGACUACUACCUGUUUUACUUAAAAAGUAAAUCCUCUAAGGAAGCUCUUGUGCAGAUGUGGGGGGAGGAACUGAAGAACGAACAAAGCGUCUUUGAAGUCUUCACAUGCUACAUCACAGCACAACCAAACCGAAACGGACAGAAGGUGUUGUGCUUACCCUGGAACGACGAGCCUUUGGCCCCAGAGACCAACUUUUUGAAAGACGAGCUUGAGAAGGUUAACAGACGUGGAGUCCUCACCAUCAACUCUCAGCCCAACAUCAAUGGCAAACCAUCUGCGGACCCUGUGGUAGGCUGGGGGCCUCCAGGAGGAUAUGUCUUCCAGAAGGCCUACCUGGAGUUUUUCACCUCCAGUGAAAAUGUCACAGCCCUCCUGAAGGUCCUGAAGAAGUAUGAGCCUCGUGUCAACUAUCACAUUGUUAACGUGCAUGGACAUAACAUGACCAACGCACACGAAAUGCAGCCUAAUGCCGUGACGUGGGGCAUCUUCCCCGGCAGAGAGAUUGUCCAGCCCACUGUAGUGGACCCGGUCAGCUUCAUGUACUGGAAGGACGAGGCGUUUGCUUUGUGGAUCGAACAGUGGGCCAAACUCUACGAAGACGAGUCGCCGUCACGGAUGAUCAUCAAGUACAUCCAUGAUAACUACUUCCUGGUCAAUCUGGUGGACAAUGACUUUCCUCUGGAGAGCUGUCUGUGGCACGUCAUCGACGACAUGUUCGAGUUGCUGGACUCAACGCCGGAACCGCUCACCGACGAAGCCGGCUCACAGUAAACUACGGCACUUCUAAUGAUUUUGUUGAGGAAAGAGACAAUUCAGUGAAUUAUUUCAUGUUCUACUUUUACUUUUACCAAGAAGAGUGCCUUGAUAAAAUACUGAUGUAAACACCAAAGCUUUUCUAGCUGGUGCUUAGUGAAAGGGAAAAUGGUGCUAAGAAAGAAACUGAACUGUUUCAGCUUCAUAGAAAAUGCAGCACAGUUUAUAUUUCACCACAGAUGUGAAAUAUGAAGUCCAUAAAAUGAAUAAAAGACUAAUUCAGCCUCCUCCUGGAGGGCGUCGCUGCUGAGGAGAAACUAAUGAGGAAGUAAACAAAAUAUAUAACGUAAAAAUAAAUGUGGGAAUAAAAACAAGAAAUCUUGUUAAAUUAAUUUUCAUUUGUAGAAUUAUUUUAACUGUAUUUUAUUUUUAUUUUUAUGAAAUAUUUGUAUUGUCAUUUGAAUUACAAUUCAUUUAAGUAAGCUCAAUGUAUAUCUGGUUUCUAUAUGAUAAAUAUCAUAUAUUCAAAUUAAUCCAACCCAAAGAGUCUGUCAUGCAGAUUGGAUUGAGCUUUGCAGCAAUCUUCUGAACAGCCUUUGCUUUUUUUUAUAUAGCCAUUUGUUUUUGCUGGUGGUUAUUGAUUGUCUAUUACUAUUGGAUACUUUAAGUAGGACAGAAUAAUUAUAAUUUGAAUUUACCUCAUCUUUUGCCAGCUCAAAGCUAACUGGCCAAAGGGUCUAAACAAAACAAGCAUUAAUGAAAAUGUUUUUUUUUUUUUAAUAAAUAUAUAUAAUUCUGUAAUAAAUCAAUUCUUUCUUUAUUGUAUUAACAUGAAAAUUGUGUUAACAUGAUUAGGCUGUUAUGCCAUAAUCUGUCAGUUUCCCUGAGAGAUUUGCGGUCAUAUUUCUCUGUACACAAGCUGACAACAAUGUCAUGAAAAUUUACUAAUUACUAAUUUGUUCCAAUUAGCAAUAUCGCUUUUCAAGAAAAUAAAAUGAUUGGUUAUCAUGUUACUUGAGACUUUACACAUUUCAUUUUCUUACCACAGGUAGCAGGCAUUCACUUCAAAUAGUUUGGGAAAAGCUGCUCAGUUUGUGAAAGUCAAUUUUUUUUUGUAACAUUCAACUGAAUAAAGAAAAUUUUUAACUUGU